GCGCGUGCGGGGGCCGGCGCCGCGCCGGGCAGGUGAGAGCCCCGCGGGGAGGAGGAGCAGGGGGAGGAGGAGGAGCAGCAGCAGCAGGCGGCGUGCUCCUGCCUGCCGGGGAUGCGUGUGUGCCUGUGCGUGUCUGCGCGCCGCUCACCUCGGUACCGCUCGGGUCACUCGGUGGCGGGCGGGUCCAGCUACUGCCGGCGCCGGCGGGGAUCGCGUUUCCCAGCGCGGCCGGUUCUCGCUGAGGUCCCGAGAGGAGCGUGAGUGAGCAGCGGCCGUGAGCGAUCACGUAUGUGCUGUAGGGGCACAUGUGUUUCCUACGCAUGCAACACAUUUGUCGGGCUGCAGGCUUCGCCCCGUGACACCGGGCGGCCUCGAGGGGGAUGGGGCCCAGGCGAAUGGGGUAAUAACGAAUUAAUUGCAGAUGAGAAGUAAUAUCCGUCUUUGAGUCAUCAGUCUUUGAGGCAUAAUUUCAUUCCAAAAGCUCUUAGAUGAAUCGUAGAUCUUAUAUAGAAAGCACUAGCUUUUCCCGUAGGAUUAUCAGAUUUCCACCGGAGAAUACAGAUCCUGGAUUACUGAGCUACAUGGGAUUUGCGUGUUUCUUUCUAAUUAGUCUGUGAAUCUGAGUGUAAAAUUCUUUAUUUGGAAGGGGGGGAGGGGAGUUGUAUGCUUCUAAAAGAACAGACAUAUCUUUUCUCUGACGUUUUACACAGUUUUUCUGGUUAUCCUGUGCUCUGUAGGCACUUACUGCCUUAAUUGGGUAGUGGUGUCAAAGGUUGAUUAGAUUCCCUAAUGGAUUUUGGAUCUGCAAGAGGAUUGCAGUUUUAAAUGCGUGGCUAAAACAAUCGUGUUUGCCAUCUCCCCUCAAACAGUUGAGAAGAGGGCUGAUAUAUUACAUUGGUGUUAUCUUCCCUUUGGUUUGGUUAAUGUAUCAUCGUGAGGUUGUCGGGUUCGGUUUUGUUGUUGUUGUUUUUUUCCCCCUCCGCUAUUUCAUUUGCAGACCAAAAAGAAAUGAAUGUCAGAGAGGAUUUGUUUAAUCAUUUAACAGCUGACACAAGCCAUGUCCCUAACAAAACGUUGGUGAAAAAGUAGAAGAUUUCUGGGAUACAGCAGCACCAGUACUGUGAAGCCGCUUCUGCAGGUCAGGAGCAGCAUUUGCUGGAGGAUGCCGUAGCCCAGGAGGUGAGGCUCGUGGGGACGAGGUCGAUGGCUUGCAUGGAGCUUCUCUACCUGGCUGAGGAGAGCAGACAGGUGUCUCUGGGCACCGCUACCGCCUGGAGCCUGCCCUCCCAUCCCUACGAGCAGCAGCAGCAUGAGGGGGGUGAGGUGGACUCCAGAGCAGCCACUGCUGUGGCAGCCCUGCACUGUGAACGGCAUUGCAAGCCCUUGCAGACGGGCCCUGUGGCUGAGCCCUCCCUGGCACCCCAGCCCUCAUCCCUGGGCACCUCGCCUCAGGAGCACCCUGCACCCUCCAGCACCUCCCAGCCCUGCCAGCCAGCCGAGUGCUUGCCCAGGGAAGAGGACGGAGGGAAGAAGAAAGCCUGCUGCUGUGCCCAGGAACUCGAGACGUCGUUCACCUAUGUGGAUGAAAAUGUAAAUCUGGAGCAUGCAAGAAGUCCCCCCACUCCUACAGGUGGCCAGGAUGCCUCUCUGCAGCAGCACUCCUGCAGGGAGCUGCCACCUGAAUGGGUGCACGAUUCUCCUUCCUUGGUCUCAGAGGAGGAUGAUGCUGCCUCGGAGGCAGCAGCUGGGAAAUCCGUUGACUAUGGGUUCAUUAGUGCCAUUUUGUUCCUGGUUAGUGGCAUUUUGCUGGUGAUAAUUUCCUAUGUGGUACCCAGAGAUGUGACUGUGGAUCCCAACACCGUGGCUGCCCGGGAGAUGGAGAGGCUGGAGAACGAGAGCGCAAGGAUCGGUGCUCACUUGGACCGCUGUGUUAUCGCUGGGCUGUGUCUCUUAACCCUGGGGGGCGUGGUGCUCUCCAGCCUGCUGAUGAUGUCCAUGUGGAAAGGGGAGCUCUACCGGAGGAGCAGGUUUGCAUCCUCCAAGGAGUCUGCAAAGCUGUAUGGAUCUUUCAAUUUUAGAAUGAAGUCUGGAGCAAAUGAUAAUAUGCUCGAGCUGUCGUUAGUUGAGGAAGAUGUGCUUGCCAUAGAUAAUUAGUGUGGUCAUGAUUUUUAAGGCAGCAUUUCUACAGGAAAAUAUGUUUCAUUAAAGAAAGCAGAUGCAGCUAAAGAUAGCUGGUGAUGCAGUUUAUUUGUCUGACAAGAAUGGUGUUAUCUUAAGCUCUAUAAUCAAAUGUUUGCAAUAUAUGAGUACUUGUUGUAAAAGGGAAAUGUGCCAGACGAAAUGCAAAUGAUACAAAAUAAUGAAAACCACUGAAUAAAAAGAGAUUUGUGAUAAGUAGGUUCCUCAGAUACUUGUUUAUCCUAAUAUAAAACAUUCCACUGGUGUCUUGCCUAUAUAAUUUUCUUAUUACUCCCAUGUAGAACGAGAAUGACCUUGACACUUUAGAAGCUGUUAAUUUUUGAAGCCUGCAGGAUUAGUAACAGGCUACUUGAUAGAAUGUUAAGAAGCAGGACCAGUAAUCAAAUAGCAGGGCUAAUAUUUCAUUAAGAGAUGCUUUUUUAUUCUUUAAUUUUAAGCAUAUCCCUUUUCUUCAAUUGAGUGACAGCUGCGGGAAGAAAGAACACCACUUGGUCGUGACUGGCCACAAACCUCCCAUAUUUUCAAACAAUUGUACAAUUAGUGAUGAUUAUUUAAAAUAUAAAAUAAGAGGCAAAGGGCAGGAAACCAUAUGGCCCAUGGUAUUGGUAGGAGACAAAAGGCUCUUUCAGCUUGAGGUCAGUGGCUCCAUUUCAGUUCAGAUUAGCAAUGAUUGAUAGUCAUUAACUUCUGAUAGCUAUAGUGACCCAUAUAAAAGAAGUUUAGUUCUUGGUGGACAGAUGUCUUUGUAUGACGACUGCUAUUACAUCAAUAAACAGACCUCUUGUUGGAAUCUCAAAAGACCCAAAGACUGAAAAAGCAUGGGGAUGCUGAGACUGGACAUUUCACCUUCAGUACAGAUGCCAGAAGAAAUUCAAGCUCAGCUGCAGGGUUUUGCUUAUACUGGGCAUGUCUGCAUCCUAUUAGUCCUUUUUGAAACUUCAGUUUUAUAUCACUAGGCUGUCAACCUUCUCAUAACCAGGAAGGUCAGGAAGGAUCUCUCUGAGACUCAUUCAAUAAAACCCAAUUUAUUUGUAAAAAAUAAAUCAUCAGGAAAUACAGAGGUUAAGUAUCAGGCAGUUUACUGGCUGACAUGAGACUCACUUAACACAGGGGAUGAUGAAGGGUACAUGUUGCUAUUAAUCUCAGUUCUGUGGCACUGUAGCCAAAAACCUGUACCACUGAUGGUAUUUGCUUUAUUAUCAGUCAGUUUCUGUGGAACAUUGACAUGUUCUUGCUGUGCUGGGAAAACCAGCAAAGAUUGUUCAGUACACCGCUGUCAGUUCUUACUGAGCAAUGGUUAAUACAUACACAUAUAUAUAUAUAUAUAUAUGUCUUAUUAAUGUGUAGAUGUAUAUUAUGUGUGUAUGUGUCCCUGGCAAAGCCAAACGUGGGUGAAGAGCUCUGUCUGUGCAGUCUCUGACUGCAGUCUUAAAAGAAAAAUGUGCUUCACUAUGACAGCCCUCUCAGUUGUGAGUUAACUCUCAAAUAUCAGGAAUAUGAAUUAUUUUUAAAAUGAUACUUUUUUUCCCACUGUGACACACAGGAGAAGAGUUCUCAUGGGAAGGAGUGAGGAGAUCUCCUUUAUAUUCCCUUUACCCAGUAAUAAGUGGCAGCACAAAGUUCAGAAUAACAAGUGAGUGGCAGAAACAUGGGCUCCUCACAGAGAGACUGAACACUAUUUUGCCACUUGGUUCUUCAUUCCCCUUCUCUGCUGUUCUUGUCAGGAGACAAGUGCAGCACCCAAGUCUGACUCAGCUAGUUCCAUCCCUUGUGCUUGCUGGCUGCAGGUGCUGGCAUGGGUGCCUGUGAUCAAGGGCCCAGGAGCUGCCCUGCUCCAGAUUCAUGCCUUUGGUCAGUAAAUAUCAUACUGUGGUACCCAGACUUUAAAGCUGGCCCCAGAAAAGAGAGCCUGCUUCACAUGUUCUCUGCUCCAACUGCAGCUUUAGGUCAGUGUUACUGCGUCAUUAAAUGAGCUGCCUUAUUAGAGGGUGCUGCUGCCCAGUAGAUCAUGAUACACAGCGUGUUCACAGGCAGUAAUUCAGCAAUGACCAGCAUCUCCACAGUCGUCUUUGAAGAGCUUACAUCCUUCUGGCUGUGUUGUCAGGGAUUCUGGAUUGAAUCUCUAGGGUAAAUGUCUUCUUACAUCUGGAAGCUACCUUCAGCCUGCUGUGAUAAGUACAAGCGAGGAAGGAACUAGCCUGAGAAUCUGGAUGCAGAGCAGGAAGGUUCCUCCUUUUCUGUCCUUGGCCUGCUGGUGGGGUAUGUGGGCACUGCCCACAGAGCUUGGCACAUUGCUCAGUGUGGGGGGGCGGAAACAGUGCUUUCACCCUGCCCUGAGGAUGGGAAGGGGCUGACCGUGGCCUCCACAGGUCCAGGGAAAGCCAUGCCAAGGAGAGGGCAAAUGGUGCUGAGCUGGGGUCAGCAAGAUGGUGCAGGGCGGGAGGUGGAUGUCUCAGGGGAUGAAAACCCUUUCACCUGCCUGGGUCCCGUGUUCUCACUUACAUGACAGAAGCUCUAAAACUGCAGCUGGUGGUUUUGAGAGCUAUUAUUUUUAUUUUUUAAUUAUACAUAUGCAUGAAAUUGGAGUACAUUCCAUUAUUGCAGAAAGAUGACAGCUUAAGCUGUACGGAUCACGGAUUUCUUGUAGAAACCAUGACAUGCCUUAAUGCUGAUUAUUAGCACUAGAAAAAGGAACGCUCCCCUGACUGUCAGUAUGUUAUUGUCAAGUGAGAAGUUUUCUGACACUUUGUAAAACGCCUGUCACAGAUCAUGAACCUGCAAUACUUUAAUGAACCCUGAAAUUUUCCCUGAGCAUUUUAAGGAAACAUUAGUCAACCUAAUAAUCUAAAUAUACACUGCAGAAGUGUGAGGAGUAAUAAAAUUUAAACAGCAGGACUAACAGAGUUUCUUUAUUUUGGUGUGUGUGCUAUGAAAGAGGUGAAGGAAGGCCUUCAAAGUGCAGGAAUUUAGCAGAUAAAAAUGCUCAGGAUGUUUCUCUGAUCACCUUUACAAAUUGCAGCAUGGUGUGAGUUAACAGUGCAGUAUAAAACCUCUGGACUCUCAGGUUCUCGUGCUGUGAAACCAAACGCAGACAGAAACCAAAGCACUUGCUGUCUGGUGGCUGAUGGUGGAAAUGAAUGUAUAAGCCCACUGGCUGGUGGACAGGGCUUCCCACCAUUAACCUCGCACGAGACGUUGACAAAGGGCGAGGCCAAGGGACAUUGAUUGCCCCCUGAUGCACCCUCACAAUUUGACUUCUGCUUGAUACUGAAAUGCUUUAAGGGUACAAAUGUGAGAAGAAUCGUUGGUGGUUUUUUCAUUGCCUGGGCUAAAAUUGUCACUUGAAUCAUUGGAGAGCUUUCUCUUUUUUUGAGGAACUAAAUUUUGGCAUAUACAAAGUGGGUUUUAGGUGCCCUCUAAACAUACCAGGAUUCUGAGUAUGGAUUUCUGAGUACCCUGGAAACACAACAGGAUUUUUGCCCUUAGUCAGUUUAUUUCUGACCAACCCCAGCUGCCCAAUGUGACACUUUCCCAUUUUCUACCUCAUGACACGUCUGCUGGCUGGGCCCAGCCCUGGCCUCUGCCUUCCCACUGGAGGUGUCCAUGCUUCCCUAAACUGCAGGAAUGGAGGCUUCCCCGCAUCGAGGCGACAGCUGCCAGUGUCUGGCUCCCUGCUGCUCAAACAGCUCCCUGGUGACCCAUGCUCCCACUUCCUUUUUCUCAGUCAGAUGCUGUGGCUGAGGCUGGACAUUGGGAGCUGCAUGGCACCUGCUGGGAAUGCCAUUGGAAUGGAGGCUGUCACCACAUGGUCCCAGCCCCCCACGCUGGAGGUGCCCAGCGUGGCUCCCACCAGCCUCGCCUGCUCCUGCCAGCCCGAAGCCAGCCCCAUGACAGAAAUGCCUAAGACUCUCCUAGGAAGCUACACUGGGUUGUUGUUGGGUUUUUAUGUGUUUACAAUUUUUUAGUCUUUGUAAUUCUUUUAAAAAUCUGUCUGCAAUGAGUAUAAAGUUUACUGACUAAGAAACCAAUUGGUUUAAUCUUGUAAAACUCUGACCCACUACAGGGCGAAACAUCACAGUCCAUCGUGAGCUGUUCAAUAGUGCGUUUGAUGCCUUACUACAAUCACAGCUGCAUUCUGUACAGAGUCAAAAAUAAAAGUCUAUGAAGCUGAGCACUGUCGUUGUGGGCCUCUUUGCUCCUUGCUGAUUCCAGUGAUCAGCUCUUGCUCUUCGUGCCAUGGGUGCAGUCCCUAGUCCUCAGUGGCCUCAGUAGGCAGCAGGGCCACCUGGCAGAGGUGGUGCUAGAUUGAGCUGUGCUGGCACACCAAGCCUGUCCCCAGCUCACCCCUCCCUGGUGUUGCUGCUGCUGGUCCUUCCCAGACCAGAAGUGCCAAGCAAUGCAGAGUUUCAAACCCUGCUGCACUUGUGUCCCACUCAACUCCAUACAACCAGAACAAAAAAGAGAAAAGGUGGGUGGGAGCAGCCAGGGCUGUGUGAGCAGGCAGCUGGGGAGGUGCUGUGUGAGGACGUGGGUGUUGAGCCCCUGCUCACCAUCACCACAUACAUGACCACCUCAGGAUCACAUCCUCACCUUGGCCCGGCUUGGCCGUGGCCAGGGCAGGAGGGCAGAGAGUGCCAGGCCCAGCACCAGCCAUGGUGAUGAUGGGUGGGCAUGCGGUUCCAAGAAAGCACUGGAGGUGAUGGGUGAUGCAGGGAGAUGCAGGAGCUAUGUUCCUGCAGGUCUGUGGGCUGAGCAUUGCCACCUCAGUGUCAGCUUCACCUCCCCCUCCAGAAGAGCUGUGCCAGAGUGGGCAGCAAUGGGAGGGUUCCGGUGCAGGGCCAGCAGCAACUGGCACCAGCAGCUAAGCAGGACCUCCAGGGAGCCUCACAGUUUUCUCCUGGCUUUUUUUGUUUCUCUCAGAUCUCUGGUGUAGGUCAGUUAUCACUUUAACCACCUUUGACAACCUGUACUCCCUCCCAGACGUGAUUCAAAGGUAUGCCACACAGGUUAUGCCUCGUAAGGUCACUUUUCAUUCUGGUCUGACAGAAUCAGACCUUUCCCUGCCACUGUCGUGUGAAUCACCAUGUGGGUGGAGCGCCGUGGUGGGUGUGGGUCCAGGCUGGAGCAGGGGCAGUCUGCUCAUACUACCUGUUACCACAGAGCAGAGUACAACAGUGCCCCAAUUCGCAAUUCAGGUUUUAGGCUGUUCUGGCUACAGCAGUAAUAAAUGUGUCCCAGAAGUGGCCAAAUUGGCUGCAGUGACUGCUCUGAUGCCAAAUGCAGACUAUGGUGUGCAACUGAUAGCAAGAGGUUAAGAGAGUAGAUGUAUUUAUAGAUAUGACAAUCCAUCGGCUUAAAGGACUGGGAGGCUUUUUAACUGAAAGCAAACACAAAUUCAUUUUUACUGUUUUUACAUGUUUCUUCUUAAUCUUACCAUUUUAAAUUUUGACAGAUUCAGUGUCAUCUGUUGUAUUCACAGGGGCUUUUGUUCCCCGUGUUUAUGAGUCCUGGCAAGGUCAAGAGUCCUAUAGACUGCAGGGAGGAAUCGUAACCAUGGCUGGAAGAGCUCUUGAGAGGUCAUUUUCCAGUCUUCUGGAACUUUCACCCUCCAUCAGUCCUCAAAGAUGAUUGCUCAUGGCUGUGAAAUUGCUGCUCAAUUCUCUGAGCACUCUGGGGUGAAUUUUAUAAGGCUCACAUGAUUUGCAGAUACAUUAUGUAUCUAUGCAGCCUCUUCUUCUGCUCUCUACCAGCCUAAGUUCUAACGUUCUGAAGUCUAUGGACAGUCUGAAUACUUCUAGAUCUUUUUAAUAAGGCAAAGUAUGUGGAACUAAAGAGAAGAAAAUGGAAGGGAGGUGAAGGUCUUGUCAGCAAGCAGACUGACCUCAGAGGAACCAGGGACUGAGACCCAGCUCGGGAGCUGUAACUCUGGCCUGAAACUAACAACAAUUACCAUUUGCUUCCCACAAAACUGGAAAAACAGAACUCAGCUUUCUUCCAUAUUGUCUUGGCUGCCUUCCCUUCAACAGGGCCACCAUCCCCAAAAGUAUCAUAUUCAUCCUUCUUCUGACUGGAUUUUUGAAUGAUUGUUUUGGAGUCUGGCUUUAUCUCCCUGGAGUCUCAUAUCUAGGGAUCAGCAAACUGGCUCAUAUAACUUACAAACUGGCCUGAACCAUAAUUCAGCACUAAGGAAAUGUUUUGAGGAUAAAAAAAAUCAGUGUGCUUUUCACAUCCAUACACCUCUCUACUUCCACCUCCUAGAAUCAGCUGGAAUGCCAAAUGAUGCCAGGUUACCUGCUGCCUCAGGAGUUUGGACACAGUUUUGAAAGCCCCAUGGGUUAAAAACCAUCUGAUUUCUUGAGUCUUUGUUUCUUCAGCAAAUUGACAACUGUUAGUAACUGUCAUUGAUGGGUUUUUCUCCUUUUUUCUUUUUCUUUCGUUCAGUUGUGCAAUAAUACCUGUGUCUGAAAUCAUAUGGGGGAGCAGUUGGAAGACAACAUUCAUAAAGGAAUAUGAAGCCCAAAGAAAUUAAUUUAAAAAGAACUCUGUGUUUUGUUAUGACUCCCAAGUCCAUCCCUCCUGCCCAAAAAACCCAACAAAACAAAUUCCCCUGUAUUCUUGAAAUGUUCACUGUCUUUUAUCUCUCAUCUUUAUUAGAUGAGAAAUUUUGUGUGUUUUUCUGCUCCGUCCCCCUAUUGCAAACAUGUAAAAGUAUGCAGUCCACUACAUUUUUAUUGAGAGAGUGCCUAUAAAUAAUCCCAUCCACAGACUUUCCAUAUAUGCCCUCUACUUUCACCUCCAUAUCAGGUGAAUCCAAGCUGACGCAGCUCCACACCUCUGAGAAGACAAGGACACCUCACAGAAUAAAUGUCUGGGGUUUGCCAUUUCCUUUGUCUGGUUUACUAUGCAUCUCACCUACUUUGCUCAGUCCUUUAGAGGAAGACUGUGUAAACACACAGGCUCCUUCUCUAAGGCUGAACAGAAUAGUGGAGAAUCAGCAGAGUAGUUUUGUGGGGCAUAUGGGUUCAGAAAACAUGAGGUGGUCUUUCAUUUGUAUUAGUUAUAUUCCAGUUAGCAAUGACACCACUAAAAUCCUCUCAUUACUCUGUGUAAAAGUACUUUUCAUGAUCCAGUGUUGUUUCUUUAACAAAGAACAUUUGCAAACACCGUUUCAUCAAAACAAAAAGAAAUUAUUGUAAGUUACUAGCUUUCACUUAAAGGGACAGGAGUUUUGCCGUUGAUUUUAAGGGUCUUUGGUCCUCAGCUAACACAGCACAUUUAAUGUCUGCUAGCACAAUUUUUUUUUCCUUUUAACAGAAGUGUGUCUGUUUUCUUCUCAGAUUGUGCACACCAAGUUGACAAGGCUUAUUUGGAAUGCAUAGCUGGGUGGAUGUGGUGUUGAAGUAACAGAUGUUCCAGUAGUUGAACUAGGCAUCCAAAGGGAUAAAAACAAAACCCACUUGUCUACUGGAACCUGUUUCAAACAUGGUAGCUGGAUAAAAAGUAACCCUGCUGCCUGUCUUUCUCUGGCCCUGACUUUACAAUCUUAUUAGAGCCUGAGAAAAAGAAAAAUCAAUUGAUGCCCAAUGUCUACAAAUUAUUAAGAUAUCCCCCUGCUGUAACUGUUCAUCUAACUUAACACUUCUUCUGUCAUGCUCAUCAGCUCUGUGCCAGUGCUUUCAUUUCUGUCCCAUCUGCCCCUAGAGCACCUGCUCAGAGAAGGCACUCGGCAACACUUUGGCAUUUACAGAAAUUAGUCAAAAUUCCUGGGUAUGACCUUGCCAACGGAUACAAGGCUAACAGGAACAAGACUGUGCACCAAAAUGGGUGCACUAAUAUUGGCAACCUUUUUCCAAGGGUGCAGGUCCAGGAUUGGGACCUACUGAAUAUUCAUUUGUGACAAUUUCAGAAUUAAAUCUUCACCAUUUGUAAUUGAAGCAUCUUUUUUGUAUAAUAAAAUGAACUCUUUGGUUUUGGCUUUGAUACUUGAGGAAAAAUAGAGAAAUUCACAGAUUUAAUAUAACAGCUGAAAUGUUUUUCAGGGGAACUCAGAUAUUUCUACAUUUCAGCAGUGUUAAUUCAAUUAGCCUGAAACUAACUCAAAUAAAGCAUUAUUGUCCAUAAUGGUGGAAGUUCUAGGAUCUUCCUUUGAAAGUAUUUUUAUCUCUAUGAAGACUUAAUGUGAAAAGCUAACUUAAAUAUUCCUCCAGCAGUUUACAGACCCUAAUCCAAUUCCCACUGAAGUUAACAGUGCCAUUUCAAUUACUCCUCCAGCAGGAACAAUUUAUUAUGACAGUAUCUUAGUCUUCGUUGACCCCUGUUUAAUUUAUCUUCAGCAACUACUCCUCUACUCCCACUCUGUUAAAUUACUACUGAACCAGUUUCCCUCUCUUCACCUCUUUUUACCUAUUUCAUUAUUUCUUCUCCUUAAAACUAUUCAUAUUGGCCUUUUCUGCAUCCCAGCAGUUGAUUCCAGCUCAGUUUGCCAAGACAUAAUUCUAAAGUUGAUUGGAUUUUCAGUCCUCCCAGAUCCCCUUCACCCACAAUUUGAAGUCUGCUAUAGUCCACAAGGCAAAUAUUGGGAUUUUAAGUUGGUGGGAAAUGAAGUAGAUAUUUCUACAUGCAGUCUGGGAUUACUGGAACACUGAGAGCUUUUUUCUCUUGCCUCUUUGCUUCAUGGAUGGCAGAAAUAAUGUAAAAGCCAAAGGUGUAAUUCACACCUUGAAAAGCAGCUGCCUCUGCCAAACAUUUUUAUUAACAGUAUCACUAGGAGAAUUACUGGAGGUGCAGUAUGUAAGGAAAGAAGAGGUACUGUAUUUCUUGACUCACAAAUAGUAUUGUUCAAUUUGAAAUUAGCUAAGGACUACCAAAGAAAAUGCUUUGGCAUGAUGACUUAGUAAUCACCUAAACGACCUGGUGAAUUAGGUGUAACAAAUGACACUCAGCUCUAACUCAGCUACAAACUGAAAGGAGUUAUAAUAGCUAGAGGCGUAUUAUGACCAAUAUUAACUAAGAACCUUAGAUCAUCGAAGUCCUCAGUAAACAACUGAUAGUCUUAGAGUUGCCCAUAAAUCUGUUUCAAUAAUUUCAUGGAUAUCACUCUCAGCAUAAUGAUCUGCUGUGCACAAGUACUGUGCUUACUUUGAGAGCACUGCAGGUUCACACUCAUAAUUAAAGUGUUCCUGCUGAAGAUUUUUACAGAGGCCACAGUGAUAGGUAUAACAGCACUGCCAGUCUCUGUAUGGUGGUUUAAGAACAGCUGUCAGGAGUCAAACAAAAGAUCUGGUGGCCAAAUUCUGUCAACAGCCAGUAAGAGAGGCCAAGAGAAGAGUCCAAGGGCAGGUCAAGCAUAUAGUGAUGAUUCCCCAGCCUCCCCUUCCAGCCUACAGCAGUCUGCAGCUCAGCAACCUCCUUUCCAGAAGAGGGAUCUAUGUGUUAAAUAGUCCUUGUGGGAUUUCCUUCCUUUUCCCUCAAAUUUGGCUACUCAGGUUAGAAGCUACGUAAACCUUUUGGCAUCCACCACUGACACACAACUGUGUGUUCCACAGCUCUCCUAGCAAGGGAUAAAAAAAUCUCAUCUUCUCCUUAAUUGAAACUAUCACUCAGUCAUUUAAUUUGAUGUUUUCUACUUCUAAAGUGGAGAGACAGUGAACAGCCAUUUCCUGCUUACUUUAGUCAUUGCUUUGUAGGUAUAUGUCCUGUCUACCCUCAUUGAUCUCUUUUCCAAGUUGAAGAGGCCUAGACCAUUUGUUCCUGAUGUUAAAACUUUUCCACACAUUUGAUCAUGAUUGCUGCUCUCCUGUGAUUCUUUAUGUUUAAUAUCACAUCCUCUUGAGCUGGGACAUCUGAACUGUGUGAACUCCUCUGUAGAUGUAUCAUGAACUUAAACUGUACAGAAAAUUUUGAUUUUUCUUGUUUUUCAUUUCCUUACAUUUCAUUUGAUUUUGACAGCACUCAGGUUAUGGAUCUCUUGCCUUUAGUUGGAGCCUUGCUAUUUUUACAUCUACACUAAACGAUGAUGCAUUUUUAAUAAUUUUAUUUCUUUUGACCUACUGGCAUUAAAAUAACAGUAAGAAAAUAGUUUCAUUUCCUCAUGACUGCUUGACUUUGCCCUCUGACUUCUUUGUUGUCCCCAAAUCUCUGACCUAAAUUGCCCUGUAUUCAUUCUCAUUUUAACCUCAAUUAGCCAAGAGAUUGCCACUCCAAAUAAAGAAAACAUGCUUUUCA